AUGCGCUCCACCCCGAGUGCCACCCCCACCCCCUCCACCACCCCCACUGCUCCCACCACCCCCUCCGCCUCCACUGCCGUCGCCACCUCCUCCUCCCCCACCACCACCACCACCCCCGCCACCACCACCGCUAACCCCGCCACCCCCACCACCCCCACCCUUGCCACCCUUGCCCUUGCUGCUGCGGCGCCUCCCACUAGGAGCAGACGCAUCACCGACCUCCUCAGCACGAAGGAAAUCCACAGCAGCAGCAGAGGCAACAGACGGCGCGAGCAGGGAGGGGGAGCUCCCCUCAAAGACAGAGGGGAGGGGAGUGCCACGGGAGGCAGCGACAGCUAG